AUGAGAUCUCCAGUACAAGGACGACCACUCAUAUUAUACACGGCUUCCAGUGAUGUUGCUAUCGGGUCACUGCUAGCUCAAGAAGAUGAAGAAUGCGUCGAAUAUCCAAUUUACUAUUACAUCCGAACCAUGAAGGACGCUCAACUCAGAUACCCGAAAGCUGAAAGAGCAUGCCUGGCAUUAGCUCAUGCAAUGCAGAGGUUCAGAUGUUAUUUGUUGUCCAACAAGGUUGUGCUCGUCUCCGAAGAUGAUCCCAUAAAGUUUUUACUCUCAAAACCCGCUCUAAUAGGAAGACCUGCAAAAUGGCUGCUUCAGAUGUCAGAGUUCGACAUAGUAUGCGUUUCUCCCAAAGCAAUCAAAGGUCAAGCGGUAGCAGAUUUACUGUCUGCCUUUCGAGGAGAAGAUUCCACGACAUUACAGGACGAUGUACCAGGUGAAUUUCCAGAAAUUUCAGUCGUCAAGGAAGAAACGUGGUUGUUGUACUUUGAUGGAUCUGCUACUCCUAACAACGAUACUGGAGCAGCGGGCAUAGUCUUAGUCUCUCCAUAUGGUGAAGUAUUCUCACAUUCAUUUAAGCUGGACUUCCGCUGUACAAAUAAUUCAGCAGAAUAUGAAGCCUUCUUGCUAGGAUUAUCCUUAGAUAAACAAGAAGGAGCGAUGCAUCAGGAGAUCAGAGGAGAUUCAAAACUGCUGGUCAAUCAAAUGAAUGGGAUAUACUCUCUCAAGGAGAUAACGCUUGCUCCAUCCAGGGAUGAGGAGCAGCGACUCCUAACUCAUUUCUCUGAUGCAACUAUCACCCAUACUGUCCGGACCAACAAUAGACAUGCUGAUUGCUUAGCAACCCUCGCCUCCAAAUUGCAAUUCGAAGGGUCAGAGAAAGCUAUCAUAGUACAAAGACGAGCUGUAUCAUCCACAUGGCUUAGUCAAACCGAAGAUGCUCAAGCAAACGACUGGAGAACACCUAUUAUUCAUGAACUGAGCAGUUCCAUUACAAAAGGAGCAGUCAGCCUUAAGGAUCUAAAGAAUUUCUUUCUGCUCCACAGGGACUUGUACCAUCGUAACCUCGAUGCCUCUCUAUCACGGUUCCUUGGCGAUGAAGAAGUGAAGGAAAAUCUCGAAAGUGUGCAUCAAGAAAUAUAUGGACAGACGCUGGUGACAACACUUUAUAGAAGACUUCAAAGGCUCGGGACUGCACCAAGGAGCUUGAUUGGAACAUCACCGUACUCGCUCGUCUAUGGGGAUGAUGCUAUACUCCCAGCUGAGAUAAAAAUUCCUUCAGCAAGGAUUGCAAAGGCCAUUGGAAUACGAUGGAAUGAAGCUGAAGUGUCAAAGUCAAGAGUUUCUGAACUGGACAUGCUCAAAUCAAAGAGAGCUAAAGUAGAAAAGUAUGUGGAGGCUUACAAACAGAGAAUAUCUAGAUCUUACAACAACAUGGGGCAUAUGUUCCAUCUCCUCAAUGAUCGGUAA